UUUUAUUCUCUCACCUGCCUCCCCCUUUCCAUUCCUACUCUUUUUUUCUCUCUAGAAUUAUUUUGCCUUGUUAAAUACUCUUUUUAUUGUUUCUUUUUCUCUACUAUAUAUACACACCAACACUUGACUUUGUACACUACAAUUAGCUACUACUCCAACAUAUCAUAUAAUGAAGGAGUGUGGUAAAAAUAGUAGCUCACCAUGUGCAGCUUGCAAGUUAUUGAGAAGAAGAUGUGGUCAUGACUGUGUUUUUUCACCUUAUUUCCCUGCUGAUGAACCUCACAAGUUUGCUAAUGUUCAUAAGGUCUUUGGUGCUAGUAAUGUCAGCAAAAUGUUACAGGAAUUGCCAGAGCACAAAAGAGGAGAUGCAGUGAGUAGCAUGGUGUAUGAAGCUAAUGCUAGAGUUAGAGAUCCAGUUUAUGGAUGUGUUGGAGCCAUUUCAUCUCUUCAACAACAAAUUGAUAUGCUAAGAACCCAACUAGCCAUGACCCAAGCUGAGGUUGUCCAAUUGAGGCUAAGACAAUCAACAAGCAUUACUAAUAGCCCACCAAAUAGUGGGUCUCCCAUUAUGGGCUCACAGCCCAAAGGAUAUUACCAUAUGGAUUUGGAUGUAGACCAGUCCAACACCUUCAAUGAGCCUAUGUGGCCAUAUUAGAUGAGUUUUGUUGUCUAUUUAAACUUCAAAAAUUAUCUUGUGUCCUUUUGCCUCUAUAUAUCUUUUUCUUAUAAGAGCAAAGGUGAUGAAUUAGGUUGUUGUUUCGUAAGCUAUGCUGCUCAGACUCCUCCAAAAUGCGUGUCAUAUCCUCCUACACGGGUGUAACAUCAUUUUUGGAGAGCCUGAACAACUUAGUUUGUGAGUGUGUUAGAAUGAAAUCAAACCCUUCAUUGGGUGUUAGGCCUUUUGGCGAAAAAAAAAAGUUUUAUACCAGUAUCAUCUUUGUUCUUGUGUAUAUAUAUAUGUAAUAGGAAAAUUUUGUGCUGUUUUUCCCCCCAAUUUUGAUUGAAGAAAUUAAAUUCCCUUUAUAUACUUUAA